AUGAGUAAACUAAGUCAAUUAUAAUAAAGUGGCCCCAUAAAAGGUUUUUAAGAAUCUCAACCACUAUAUUAACAAUAACAUAAUACAACAAACAGCUAACAUAUUAACAUAAAGGAAGAGGAUAUCGACGAAGAAGAUAUAAAUGAUUAAAAUUUAAAUUAAAAAUUCGGAAAAUUAGGUUCAAAAUUAUUGAGAUGUUAUAAAUCUUUAUUACUAGGAUAAGAUGAGAAAUUUUAUUAACUUUCUGAAAAAAUAAUUCAAAAUUUUAUAAACAAUGGUUAAAGUUAAGUUCUUAAUUAUUUAAAUGAAUAAGAUUUUAUUUAGGAGAUUUAGUAAUAUAAUUUCCAAAUCCAGAUUAUUUAAAAAAAGGUGAAGAAAAACAAAAUAAAAAAAUUAUUGACAAAAGCAAUGCUUUAGAAGAUUUUAAAAAAGCCUUUAAUAUUGUAGAUGCAAAUAUACGUUCUGAAGUGGCUGAAAAUAAAAUAUUUCAAAUGGCUUUUGAAUAAACAUUUAGGAGACUAAAAGACAAAAAACAAUAAAAAACAAUAAUUUAACCAUAAAAGUAACUCCGAUAAAAUUCUUAAUUUCAAAUAAAACCUACAAUUGAAAAUGACUAACAACCUCCAAUUUAGAGUAGCUUAUAAAUACUAAAAAACCUCCUUUUUAAAAGCAAAUAAGAAACUCAAAAAGAACUACUUAACAAACAAAAAAAAGAAUACGAAAUUUACAUCGAAAAUUUGA